CUCACUCCCUCCCUGGACGGAACCCGAGGUCUGUGCAGAGCUGCUGUGGUCGCGACUGAGUUCAAUCAGGGAUUUCCAGCGAAACUUUUCACCGGAGAAGUUGAUUCAUCAGCCUGAAGACGAAGGGAAAAAAGCGACUGACCCUCACAGCGGCGGUUAGACGCCUGAAACUACUUCGACUUCAACGCUCCGCAAGAGUUUUUUUUUUUUUAGUCUAUCCGUCGAUAGGAACGCUGUAAAGCAGCAUAGUUCUUUGUUUUUAGUCCGUUUGUGGUUCCAGAAUGGCUGAUACGACCGCUACCAACACGGGAGCCAGCUGCAUGGACAAGCUGAAAAGUUACGCGAAGACCCAGAAAGGCUUCAUACUGGCGGCAGAGAUUAUCCUGAGUUUAAUUGUCCUCAUCUGCUAUGCUGCAUCUCGCUAUGGCGGCUACACAGCUGUGGCCAUCAUCGAGAUGGUCUUCGCCAUCAUCUUCUUUGGUGUCUUCAUGAUGGAGAUCGACAAGCAGUUCCAGCUGGUCAACUGGGUCUGGAGUGAUCUGUUCCGUGCUGGUAUUGGCGCUGUCAUUUACCUCAUCACUUCCCUGAUCUGUGUCAUUGGAGGAAGAGGCGAUGGCGCUCUCAUUGCAGGCGGGGUGUUUGGUCUGAUAACUGGUUUGGUUUUCGCCUAUGAUACCUACACCAUCUUCCUGCAAAUCAAGAACACCAGGCAGCACACGGCAGCUUCCACCGAUGACAGAGUUUAAUCUGUCCACGGUGUGUGUACUUCCGCCAAGAACACAGAAGAAAUCCAGAAAAGAAGAUUUGCGCAGGAAGUUAACAGAAGAGGGG